AUGGGAUAAUAAAAUUUAUAUAUGCACUAUGUUAACUUUAGCUUCUUUGUAUUUUGUAGUUACUGGUAUAUAAUUUUGGAUAUCAGAUUAUAUGCGAAUAAUCUUAAAAAAGGACUAAAAAACAGUUUUUACAUCUUUUUCUUUAAUUUCGAUUACUGCCCCUACUUUAGGAGUAGUUAUUGGGGGCAUAGUAUUACACAAAUGUGGAGGCUAUACAGGCAAAUAUGUACUAAAAGUAUGUGUUAUAAACGGAAUAUUAGCUUCAGUAUGUGCCAUACCAAUUCCAUUCAUAAACUCAUUUUAGUUAGUAGUUUUUUUAUUGUGGUUUUUGCUGUUUUUUGGAGGUAGUUUAAUGCCUGCAGUUAUGGGUUUAAUGAUUUCUUGUGUGCCAAAAAACAUGAGGGCUUUUGCAAAUUCUACUGCUUAGUUAUUCCAUAAUCUUUUAGGAUAUUUGCCUGCUCCUUUUGUGUAUGGAGUGGCCAAUAAAUUAGAGGGAAAAUAGGAAUCUAGAUUAGGAAUGAUUGUACUUAUGUUUUGGAGUUUAUGGGGAGUAGUAGGACUUUAUUUUGCAAUGUAUUAUAAGAAAAUCGAGAUAGGAGAAGAGUGUUAGAUUAUUGA